GGCGCUGACGGGCAGUGACGGACUUGGUCCGUAUGAUCACGUGCAGGAUUGCGGGCGGGUUUGCCUGGGCUGCUGAGUCAUCGGGUUUUCUGGGCCGAGCGAUCUUGCCUUGCCUUGCCUUGCCUUGCCUUUCCUCUGGCCUCUAUUCCACCGCUGAUAAGUGCGUGAGCCUAGCUACAGACCUAGACCACCAUCACGCUGCCGGCCGAGUGUGCUUUUAAGGGCGUGGGUUCCAUGGUUUCCACGGCUGGGCCUUGAAAAGCGAAACCGAGACGCUCUGCCACCGGCGGAGACCAGUGUUGGCCGUUGCAGUCCCUGCCACCGGGCUGUAUUAUUACGAAAACAGGAUCGUCUCGAGGGAUCCAAGGAGUUGUGAGCUGUGAGCUGUGAGACGAUGCUACCGACUUUACACUAGUGCAGAAAGAGUUGGUUGGGAAAAGAUUAACCGUGUUGAAAGGAUGGAUUUCGACGACAGUCAACCCCACCAGUGGGCGAAAGCCACGCCGUUCUCGGAGUUCUUGAGCGAUACUGCGGCCGGGAGCAACGGGGAUAAGGGGAAAGGGAGGGAGAUGGAAGAUCCCGAUACGUGUCGAAUAUGUCGAGGGGAGGGGACGGAGGAGGAACCGCUAUUCUUCCCCUGCAAGUGCAGUGGGAGCAUCAAGUUUGUCCACCAGUCCUGCCUGGUGGAAUGGCUAUCACACUCACAGAAAAAAUACUGUGAGUUGUGCAAGACGCCCUUUCGGUUUACCAAGCUGUACGACCCGGAAAUGCCGCAGGAUCUACCAAUGUCUCUGUUUCUCAGACAGGUCGUCAUUUACAGCCUCCACACAGUGCUGACAUGGCUGCGUUUUGUCCUGGUUGCAUUUGUCUGGCUUGGGUGGCUGCCUUGGUCGAUGAGGGCGAUCUGGAGGGCGCUCUUCUGGCUGGCAGAUGGACGUUGGUCCGACGCUGAAAAUGCUCAGGGGCAGAUGAACUCGGCACAGGCUUUGAAGAAUGAGACGGCUUCCCUGGCCCUUACAUUAGCUUCGACAAGUACUACUCCAACCCCGGUUUCGGCUCCGACGGAGCCUGCUGCCUCGUCCGUGUUUAGUUUCGUGAAUGGCGAGCCUUUUAUGCUCACGUUGUUCAAGCAAGCCUUCUCCGCCGUGUUCGUGCCUGCCGCUUCCUUGACUAAUGGUUCCACCGACUCGAACUCGUCCAACAAUACCGCUGGGUACUAUCGCCUGCAGCGCAGCUCGUGGCUGUCUGAUGUCAAAUUUCUAAACUCCUUGACACCGUCUCCAACAAUCAACAACAUUCUUAUCGAUACUCUAGAAGGCCAAUUGAUUACUCUUCUGGUUGUCAUCUCAUUUAUUCUUGUAUUCCUCAUUCGGGAGUGGGUAGUGCAACAACAACCCCUGGCGAAUAUUCCGGAUGGAGAACGCGAUGCUGCUGUGCAGUUGAUCGCGAACAAUGAAAACAACCGUCCUCGUGACCAAGAAGAUGCACCCGACAAUGUCCAACCCCAUGUCGACGAACCGGUGUUUGAAGAAGACCAGGAGGCGAGAUUCAAUGAUAUGGUUGACAAUGACAUCCUAGCCGACUCUGCGCGUCGAUUUGACGUUUAUGAACCUCCAUUCUCAUUCCGAAACGAAACCUCCGAUCAUGAAGACGGGGCAUGGAACUCAUCAAGCCCGCAUGAAGAGGAUGCUAUGGCAGAUCUGGAAUUGCUCCAGAAAGCCUUUGCCAGGAACGGUGGUUUCCCUGGCCCUCAAACUCAACCGGAUUGGCCCGGCUUCCAGAUAUUCCGUGAUCUUUGGGCUCGCGGGAACGAAAAUCCAAGCGAGGUUAUACGAAUCAUUCACGAAGAGGGGCGUCAAGAAGAGUUAGAGUGGAUCAUCAUCUUUAUGAACAGGUUCCGAAGAGGCCAGUCUUUCCGGAGUAUGAGAGACGACCUGGAAAGGAUCGCCGAGGUUAACGAUGGUGCCUUUGGCCCUAGCCGCCGUCAAGAUGAUGACAUGACGCAAAACUUCGACGCGGACGAGGAAGAUUCUCGCGCAGAGAAUUCCUUGAAUCCGACAAUGCAGGAUGUGACACAUAAUACUGAACAAUCCAACUUUCUAACAAGCGAUACCUCAUCCUCAAGGCCCUCAGGACAGGAUUUCACAUUCACUUUCCCAAUCUCACAGCAUGACAACCGGAUAGGAAGUGCCCACGGAAUAGAGAACAUUGGGAAUCCGAGAGAAGAUGUUCCUCCUCGUGAAAACGAGUCGGAGCCGACUGGAUUUCUUGAGAAUAAUGCAGCCGCAGAAGACAUUCUACAUGGAGGCUCUGAGCCUCUUCGGCCUUCUGGGGCAGAAUCGCCUACUCUUGGUCCGCCCAAGAAUUUUGUCACCAAAGUUUUUGAUUGGUUCUGGGGUGACUUCGAGCCUACCGUCCUGGCAGAAGAUCCAUUCGAUGAAAAUGGAGUGCAUCAACUCGAGAAUGAUGCAAUGGAGGCUCCAUUUUUACCUUUGCAAAAUCAUCAGAGGCCCGCAGUCGAUGACAUCCUUCAGGAUAUCCAAGUCAUAGAGCCCGAUGAAGGAGAUGCAAAUGAUCCGGAUGUCAUUGAUGACGGCGAUGACCUAGAGGGAAUUUUUGAACUCAUUGGUAUGCAGGGUCCGGUUUUCGGUCUCUUGCAAAAUGGAGUUUUCAGUGCUCUUCUGGUUUCUUUCACCGUUGCUGUAGGCAUUUGGCUCCCUUACUUGUGGGGAAAGAUAGCCCUGGUUCUCCUCGCAAACCCGAUCCAGCUCUUCUUUGGUGUUCCCUUCACAGCCGUGUCUGUCGUGGCUGACAUCGUGCUCGACACACUGAUCGGCAGUGUUGGAUACAUUAUGUAUCUGAUCAGCUUUAUCUGCAGCCCGUUCAUCGGCCCGUUGUCAGCGGUGAUUCCUCUUGAGAAAUGGUUUCUGUCGACGAGAUCGGUCACCAGUACGUCUAUCUCGCUCAUCGACGGCAGUAGCCAUCGCCUGGGGAAACUUCUCAGUACGUUUUUUGUCUUCCACGAAUCCGAUCUACCUCUAUUUUCAGUCAUUUCCCACCGGGCCCUCAAAAUCCACGAAGCUCGAAUUUCCAGUCUGCUGCAGUGGAUUAUCGCAUCAGUCAAAUUCAUUCUUCAAGACCUUCCCGCCCGCAUUGUCACACUCGGGCCGCGGGAGGCCCUAUCGUUGGAUAUCAGUGCCAUCGAUAUCCGGGGUCUGAGUAGUCAGCUGCUUGAGGAAUUCCGAAGUCUCGGCAGUUCGGGUUUGUUCACAAUAUCUAGCACCAAGUGGGAGAAUCUCGAGGCGACUAGAGAGCUUUCUGCACAACUGCUAGCCGACCAAGAUCUUGCUAUCUGGGAUACCAAGGACCGUAUCAUCGCCAUCAUCAUGGGGUAUAUGCUUGCAUCAGUUGCUGGCGUUCUAUACCUACGAAUCACCAAUUUCCUGUACGGCGCAAGCCGAGACCAGCGCAUUGAGGGCCUUGUUGCCGAAGUACUUCACCAAGCCGGCGGGGUGAUGAAGGUGAUUCUGAUCAUCGGCAUUGAGAUGAUCGUAUUCCCCCUCUACUGCGGCUCCCUGCUUGAUGCCGCACUUUUGCCACUUUUCGAGAAUGCCACCAUCACCUCUCGGAUUGAGUUUACGACCAACUCUCCCCUAACCUCCCUGUUUGUGCACUGGUUUAUCGGUACUUGCUACAUGUUCCACUUCGCGUUAUUUGUGUCCAUGUGCCGGAAGAUCAUGAGGACUGGCGUUCUGUACUUCAUCCGUGACCCUGAUGACCCGACCUUCCACCCUGUCCGUGACGUCUUGGAACGGAACAUCACCACCCAGUUACGCAAGAUCGCUUUCAGUGCCCUGGUGUAUGGUGCGUUGGUCACUGUAUGCCUGGGAGGCGUCGUCUGGGGCUUGUACUUUGCAUUCGAUGAUGUACUCCCCAUUCGCUGGUCGGCCACCCUGCCAGUUCUCGAAUUUCCAGUAGACUUGCUCUUUUACAAUUUUGUCAUGCCGCUGGCCUUGCGAUCCCUCAAGCCUUCCGACGGAUUGCAAAACAUCUACGCCUGGUGGUUCCGGCAUUGUGCUCACUGGCUGAGACUAUCCGACUUUUUCUUCAGUGAAAGACGACCGGAUGAAGAGGGGCAUCACGUGCGUCGUACCUGGCAGGACGUGCUUCACGGGAAGAAGGGAGAUAUCAACCAUCCCGUGGUCAAUGAGGAGCAACGGGCCCUGGCUGAGGCACAGGGCCUUGAUGCGUACUUUGUUCGGGAUGGCAGGUUUGUCCGGGCCCCAGCGUCGGAUCAGGUUCGUAUCCCCAAGGGCAAUCUCGUAUUCUUGGAGGUCACAGAAGCGAAUGAACGAGUCGACGGUGCAGCGGACCCUGACGAUGGACUCCACGGGCGAGCCAGUGAUAUGUUCGCCAAAGUCUACAUCCCGCCCUUUUUCCGAGUGCGAGUUGCGGCAUUCAUCUUCCUAAUCUGGGUCUUUGCCGCCACCACAGGGGUAGGCAUCACCAUUUUGCCCUUGGUCAUUGGCCGGAAGUUCAUUGCGGCCUGGUUCCCCGAAUCCGCCCCGAUCAACGACCUGUAUGCCUUCUCCACCGGCCUCUACAUCGCCGGCGCGGUUGCCUACGUUGCAUUCUAUUGCAAGGUUGGUUUCGCAUUGGCGAAGGAGCGCGUUGGUCCUUACCUCGCCUCCCCGAGGCAGACUCUCGUCGGGGUCUACAGCGGCACGCUCCAUGCCCUGCGGCUGAUCUAUCUUUUCCUCGCGCUAUCCUUUUUGCUUCCCUCGAUCUUCGCCUUGAUUACCGAGCUCUACAUCCUGGUCCCGAUCCACACGUAUCUCGGCGGCGGAGAGGCUCACGUCAUCCACUUUGUGCAAGACUGGACUCUCGGUGUGCUGUACGUGCAGAUGGGUCUGAAAUUCCUGUCGUGGCACUCCACCUCGCGCCCGGCAGCGGUACUGAACGCCGUCUUCCGCGACGGGUGGUUCAACCCCAACGUCCGCCUGGCGAGUCGCGCCUUCAUCGUUCCCAGCUGCCUGUUCGCCACGAUCGCCAUGGUGCUCCCGCUCUCUCUCGGCUUUGCCCUCAACCACACCGUCUUCCGUUCCUCAUCGAGCGAGGUGCAGGCGCAGGUGUACCGCUACGCGUUCCCCGCCACGUUUGCCGUCGGCCUGCUGACCUGGUUCGUCCACUUCCUGCAGCGCAAGGUGGAGCGUUGGAGGGUGAACAUCCGCGACGAUGUCUACCUCAUCGGAGAGCGACUCCACAACUUCAGCGAGAAGCGAGCAAAGGAUGUGGGCAUGUCGAGACGGGUCAUCACCGGCUGACUCUUCUGUAAUAUAGUUACUGUCUUUCUCUCAUAUGAAUACCAUGAAACUAGUCUUGCUGGC